GGAGGGAGCCGGCGACGGAAGGGAAUCUCCCGCCAUUUUUCAAUCCCUUCUCUUUUUGUGUGUGUUAUAGGGCGGGAAACCGGCGGGGGUCUGGAGUGACAGGCUUUGGGGGUCUUUUUUUCCAACUCCUUGAGUGCUGCAACUAGGGUCAAUCACGGCAUAGCAAACCUGUUCUCUCCGGACACACGCACCAUCCCCUUUCUCUUCUCCUGGGAUGGCGCCGCUGCUGGGCCGCAAACCCUUCCCUCUGGUGAAGCCGCUGACUGAGGCACCCGGCAGUGAAGAGGGAGUGUUUAUUGUGGAGCACACCAAGGAGGCUUUCAGGAGUCUGGAAGAGUACGAAGCGCGACUGGAACGCUAUGCAGAAAGGAUAUGGACGUGCAAAAGCACCGGAAGCAAUCAGCUGACACACAAAGAGGCCUGGGAUGAAGAACAGGAAGUAGCAGAGCUGCUGAAGGAAGAGUUCCCUGUGUGGUAUGAAAAACAGGUGUUGGAGCUUGUCCAUCAUAAUACCAUCUCUCUGGACAAGCUGGUUGACCAGGCGUGGAUGGAAAUUAUGACCAAGUAUGCUGUAGGCGAGGAGUGUGACUUUGAGGUGGGACCAGAGAAGUACCUGCGAGUUAAAAUAGUACAUAUCCAUCCGCAAGAGAAUGAUGAACAGCAGCCUUCAGAGAAGAAACCUGAUACGGCCUGUGACUCUCCGUCUAGUGAUAAGGAAAACUCUAAUCGAGUGGCUCAGGACAACCAACUGAAGGAAGAAAGCAGUCAGUUGGAUACACUUGGCAACCUAAAGGAAAAUGACAGAGCCAGACGGUCCCCACGAAAACUUCCUGUUAGCUUAAAGAAGGAGGAGAAAAAAUGGGUUCCUCCCAAAUUCCUGCCACAUAAAUAUGAUGUGAAACUUCUGAAUGAGGACAAGGUAAUCAGCCAUGUUCCUGUAGAUAGCCUGUACCGCUCAGAAAGACCUCCCAACAAGGAGAUCCUAAGAUACUUCAUCCGGCAUUACUCAAUGCGUAUUGGGACAGGUGAAAAUGCACCAUGGGUGGCUGAAGACGAGCUGGUGAAAAAGUAUUCUCUCCCUAGCAAGUUCAGUGACUUUUUGCUGGAUCCACAUAAAUACAUGACGUCUAAUCCAUCUCCUGCAACAAAAAGAAAGAGCUUGGGGUCCCCUGAUCAGAAGCCUGCUAAAAAAGCAAAAUCAGAUGGCGACAAAACAAAGUCUCCUCUCAGUCCCACCUUGUGGUGUCAGGGUAACCAUAAGAAGACAAAUGGGUCACCACUGAAAUUAAAGAAUCUAGGAGGCGAAGCCUCACCUGAAGAAAUUGAACAACUAAUGAAGAUUAUGAAUUCAUCUAAACUUAAUGCAAAUAUCAAUGGCAACAAGAAAGGUUCCUCUGCAGGUCUUUCCGGUAAAAAACAAGACAAGAAAAAAUCCAAAGUUGGAAAAUCACAAGUUAUGAAUGGUCAGAAAGUUUCUGGCAAAGCCCGCUCCCCUAAAAAGGGUCUGAAGAACCCAAGGAUGAAACAGAUGACCUUAUUGGAGAUGACUAAAGGUUCUUCUAAAGCAUCACGACCACCAAAAAGUGGUUCAGGUGUUGCAAGGUCGAACAAUAAAACCCAGAAGCAGCUCCCUGCUGCUGCUCUUCAUUUGAUCGCUUACUAUCGGGAUAAUAAGAAUCGUGAAGACAGGAAGAAUGCGAUAUCUGCCCUCAUCUCAAAAGUGGCACGACUUCUGUCUGCUGAUGAUCGCGGCAGGCUGCCCGAUGAGCUACGAGAAAUGGUGCAGAAAAGAUACAAUCUGUUGGAAGAACGCAAACGCUGGGCUAUGAUGACUGAGGAGCAGCGAGAAGAGCACCUGAGGCAGAAGCGAGCAGCUUUAAAAGCACGGAUCAAAGAGAAGGCUAGGCAACGCAAAGAGAAAGAGAGGCAAGAGCGUUUAGAAAAGCAGAAGCGGUAUGAGGAUCAGGAACUGACUGGCAAGAAUCUUCCAGCCUUUAAACUUGUAGACACCCCAGAAGGGCUUCCAAAUACGCUGUUUGGAGAUGUUGCGAUGGUGGUGGAGUUUCUGAGCUGUUACUCAGACCUUCUUUUGCCGGACGGGCAGUAUCCUGUGACAUCUGUAUCAUUAAUGGAGGCUCUUGCAGCAGAAAAAGGUGGCUUCCUGUACCUCAACAGAGUGCUUGUAGUGCUUCUUCAGACCCUUCUGCAGGAUGAGAUUGCAGAGGAUUACGGUGAAUUGAACAUGAAACUGUCCGAAAUCCCUCUCACAUUACACUCCGCCUCUGAACUUGUUCGUAUGUGCUUGCGCAAGUCUGACUCUCCUGCUGGAGAAAGUGAAGUAUCAGACAAGGGGGAAGAAGGCAGCGAGGGCUCUGCCGUCUUUCAGGAUGAUGAGGUGGAGGAUGAGUUCUUGGAGAAGCUGGAAACAUCUGAGUUUUUUGAGCUAACCACGGCGGAGAAGCUUCAUAUCCUUGCUGCUCUCUGCCACCGUAUCCUUAUGACUUACUCUGUGCAAGACCAUGUGGAAGCAAAACAGCAGACCUCCGCUGAGCUGUGGAAGGAGAGGCUCGCUAUUCUGAAGGAGGAGAAUGACAAGAAGCGUGCUGAAAAGCAGAAACGAAAGGAGAUGGGUGCCAAAGGCAAAGAAGAAAAUGUUACGCCAAAGGUUGUCAAAAAAACAGAGAAAUUGGUAAAAACCGAGCAGCAGCUGGAGCAGGAAGCAGAGGACAUGAUCAGUGCUGUGAAGAGCAGAAGACUGCAGGCCAUGCAAGCAAAGAAAGAAAGGGAGGAAUAUGAAAAACUUACCAGAGAGCGACUAGAAAAAGAAGCCGAAGAGGAAAAAUUAAGGAAGCUGAGAGCUUCUCAGGAGAAAGCGUUCCAUGAAGGAAUUGCUAAAGCUAAACUUGUGCUGAGAAGGUCUCCAAUUGGUACAGACCGUAACCACAACAGGUACUGGCUGUUUUCUGAUGGAGUCCCCGGGCUGUAUAUUGAAAAGGGAUGGGUUCAUGACAGCAUCAACUAUAGCUUCAGACUGCCUGAGGAGGCUGAAGAAGAGGAUGCAGAAGGUAACAUGGAAAGUGAAGAUGCCAGUAGCAGUAUUGGUGGUACCGAGGAUUCCGUACAGAAGGAAGAGAGGCAGGUAGAGACCACCGUCCCCAAACAGGGUCAGAAUCUGUGGUUCCUGUGUGAUACCCAAAAGGAGCUGGAUGAGCUAGUGGACAGCCUGCACCCACAGGGUGCUCGAGAGAGCGAACUCAGGGACCGUCUACGAAUCAAAUAUCAGGACAUUGUGCAUUCCAUACACCUCGCUCGAAAGCAGAAUCUUGGUUUAAAGACUUGUGAUGGGCACGUGGAAUUGCUCAAUUUUCUGCGCAGUGACAUAAUAGAGGUGGCCACACGAUUGCAGAAGGGAGGUCUGGGAUACCUAGAUGACACAACAGAGUUUGAAGCAAAGGUCCGCUCACUUGAAAGUCUGAAAGAUUUCGGGGAGUGCAUUAUAUCUCUUCAAGCUGCUGUUAUCAAAAAGUUCCUCCAGGGCUUCAUGGCUCCAAAACAGAAAAAACGCAAGGCUCAGUCAGAGGAGGCGGCCGCCAAAGCAGAGGAACAAGAUGAGGAGAAGAAAAUGGUGGAAGAAGCAAAGGUAGCAUCAGCUGUGGAAAACUGGAAGUCUGCAAUCGGUGAAGCUCAAACCUUUUCCCGCAUGCACGUGUUACUCGGGAUGUUGGAUGCCUGCGUCAAGUGGGACAUGUCCUCGGAAAAUGCACGCUGUAAAGUGUGUCGAAAGAAAGGUGAGGAUGACAAGCUGAUCUUGUGCGACGAGUGUAAUAAGGCAUUCCAUCUCUUCUGUCUUCGACCUGUGCUUUUAAACAUACCAGACGGGGAAUGGCUGUGUCCUGCGUGCCAACCAGCCACAGCCAGGCGCAGUUCUCGUGGCAGGAAUUACGCGGAAGAUUCCACAAAUGAUGAGGAGGAGGAAGAGUCAUCGUCUGAGGAGGACGACGACGAGGACGAUAAAGACUAUGAAGAGGAAGAUGAAGAUAAUGACGUGGGAUUGAGAUUACGGUCCCGCAAGGCUACGAAACGCAAGGCAAACCAAUUGCGUCGUGCAAGCGUGCGACUCCAACCCAAGAACAGUCGCCGGUCUCCUCGCUCUACACGACAACGUUCAUCACCAGACAAUGAUGCUGACGUGGAUGAAGUGAUACGGCAGAGCAAGCCAGUGUCCCGACGCCAGAACCAGGAACUGCAGAAAUGUGAGGAGGUCCUGUGCAAGCUGAUAAAAUAUAGAUUCAGCUGGCCUUUCAGGGAGCCUGUAAAUACUGAGGAGAAUGAGGACUAUCUAAAUGUGGUCACAAGCCCAAUGGACUUCCAGACCAUGCAAAGCAAAUGCUCGUGUAGAAACUACCAGACCGUGCAGGAGUUUCUGAACGACCUAAAACUUGUAUUUGGAAAUGCAGAGCUGUACAAUGAACCAGGAAGUCAAGAAAUGUCUUGUUUGGAGAAGACUGAGCAGUGCGCAAAAGACCUUCUCAGCAAACAUCUUCCAGGACACGCUUACCAGAGGAGGCAUCGUAAACACCAGGCUUUCCAGCCAGAGCCUGCCAACACUGGCCGGGGGCGCAAACGGAAGAAAUGAAAGCAUGGCUGUGAAGGGGAGGGCUAGGCGCAAAGGGUUUUGUUGAGGAUUAGACUGCAGUUUGUGGGGACAGAAGGUUUAAGUCAUUCUCCCCGUACUCUAGAGACCAAAUCUACUUUUCUUGAGAUUAUAUCAUGUAUGGGAGGAAGCUUGUGAAUAAUUCAGUUAAAGGACUUCUGUGGUUGACCUUUCCCUGUGGUGGCGUAUCCUGCAGCCCAAGUGAAGUAGUGGUGACAAAAACAAAUACCUUCUCCCAUUACACAACUUUGUAAAACCUGCUGCUACCUGGUAUAAUUUUAACCAUGAUAUGUUGAAGUCCGCAGUGUAACUGCUGAGGAUCUAUAUAAUUUAGGUUAUUUAGUGAGUUGCCAGUCGACACGUUAUUGUACAUGCCAUAGCUGCACCUACACCUCCUUUAUAUGCACUUAUAAAUGUCCUGCCACCCUCUACGUUCUAGUGCAUUGUGUAACAACAUCUGUACCUCCACCAGUGCAUGUCUUCAGCAUCUUCUCACAUAAGAAUUGGUCCGAAAGACUUCUUGAUCGAUCUGCUCGUUUGGCGAGAAGCAGGAAGCUGGACUUCUGGCGGUACUUGAUGUUGAGGCUCUAGGGUGGUAUCCGGUAUACUUUCACCCACUGCUGUCUCUCAAAGAGCAGUUUUAGUUUCUUCUGUUAUCAUGUCAUGCAUAGAACCUAAGUGUAUCCUGUCCUUAUAGCUUACUCUCAAUCAGCUGUUCUUGUAAAAAUCUCCAACAGGGAGGCAACACAAAGGCUUGAAAUUGUGUCCCUAAAAAAACAAAAAAAUCACCAGCACUCUUCUGCCAACUGCUUCUAUACCUCUGGCUGGUUUCGGGGAGAGAAACUGAUCUUACUGUCCUCCCUUCAAAUGAUGGCUUAUUUUUAAUUAGUUCCCUCUGUCGCCGCAGGUAUCCGACUGACAAACAGGAAAGUCACUUCUGUGUUUUUUUUUUUUCUUUUUUUUGUACUGGAUUCUCCCUUUUCUAUAUAUUCAAUGUUUUGCUUGUGAUCUUGUAUAAAGGGAUACUUUGUCUGGGUUUGGCACAUGUACAGUACAGUUUAUAUGAAAACAAGUGUUUGCCUUUAUAAAUAUUAAAAAGAAGGAACCACA